AACAGCAAUUAUAAAAACAUGCAUCGAAGGCACACAACCCUUCGGGAGAAGGGCCGGAGGCAGGCCAUCCGGGGCCCAGCCUACAUGUUCAAUGAGAAAGGCACCAGCCUGACUGCAGAAGAGGAACGUUUUCUCGAUUCUGCAGAAUAUGGCAACAUUCCUGUUGUGCGAAAAAUGCUGGAGGAAUCCAAAACCUUGAACUUCAAUUGUGUCGAUUAUAUGGGACAAAAUGCUCUUCAGUUAGCUGUAGGGAAUGAGCACCUGGAAGUGACAGAGCUCCUCCUCAAAAAGGAGAAUCUCGCUCGAGUCGGAGAUGCGCUUUUGUUAGCCAUCAGUAAAGGAUACGUGCGCAUUGUGGAAGCAAUAUUGAACCACCCAGCCUUUGCACAAGGACAGCGUCUCACACUCAGCCCCCUUGAGCAGGAACUGAGAGAUGAUGAUUUUUAUGCUUAUGAUGAAGAUGGAACUCGGUUCUCCCAUGACAUUACCCCUAUCAUACUUGCUGCCCACUGCCAGGAGUAUGAAAUUGUUCACAUCUUACUUCUAAAAGGCGCGCGGAUUGAAAGGCCACAUGACUAUUUUUGCAAGUGCAAUGAAUGUAUUGAGAAACAGAGGAAAGAUUCCUUUAGUCACUCUCGAUCGAGAAUGAAUGCCUACAAAGGAUUAGCCAGUGCUGCUUAUUUGUCUCUUUCCAGUGAAGACCCUGUCCUUACUGCUUUAGAGCUAAGCAAUGAAUUGGCCAGACUAGCGAACAUUGAAACUGAAUUUAAGAACGACUACAGGAAGCUAUCUAUGCAAUGCAAGGACUUUGUCGUGGGGGUGCUGGACCUGUGCAGAGACACAGAAGAAGUAGAGGCCAUUCUGAAUGGAGAUGUGAACAUACAGUUGUGCCCUGAGCACCACCGGCCAAGUCUGAGCAGGAUUAAACUUGCUAUUAAAUAUGAGGUCAAGAAGUUUGUUGCUCACCCCAACUGCCAGCAGCAAUUGCUCACCAUGUGGUAUGAAAACCUCUCAGGCUUACGGCAGCAAUCUAUAGCUGUGAAGUUCUUGGCUGUCUUUGGGGUCUCCAUUGGCCUGCCCUUCCUUGCCAUAGCCUACUGGAUCGCUCCCUGCAGCAAGCUGGGACGGACCCUCCGAAGUCCUUUCAUGAAGUUUGUGGCACAUGCAGUUUCUUUUACAAUCUUCCUUGGACUGUUAGUAGUGAAUGCUUCAGAUCGGUUUGAAGGAGUAAAAAAUCUCCCCAACGAGACCAUCACGGAUCAUCCAAAACAAAUAUUUAGAGUCAAAACGACUCAGUUCUCAUGGACAGAAUUGCUGAUCAUGAAGUGGGUAUUGGGCAUGAUAUGGUCAGAGUGCAAGGAGAUCUGGGAAGAGGGUCCACGGGAAUAUGUGGUGCAUCUCUGGAACCUGCUGGACUUUGGGAUGCUGUCCAUCUUCGUGGCAUCGUUCACUGCCAGGUUCAUGGCUUUUCUCAAAGCGACUGAAGCACAACAGUACGUAGAUCAGUACGUUCAAGACGAUGACCUCAAUAAUGUCACCCUUCCCCCUGAAGUUGCUUACUUUACUUAUGCCAGGAACAAGUGGCUUCCCUCGGAUCCUCAGAUCAUUUCAGAAGGACUGUAUGCCAUAGCUGUGGUACUCAGCUUCUCCCGCAUUGCUUACAUUCUUCCAGCCAACGAAAGCUUCGGCCCCCUGCAGAUCUCUUUGGGGAGGACUGUGAAGGAUAUCUUCAAGUUCAUGGUCAUCUUCAUCAUGGUGUUCCUGGCCUUCAUGAUCGGAAUGUUCAACCUUUACUCUUACUACCUUGGUGCAAAAUACAACCCUGCGUUUACAACGGUAGAAGAAAGUUUUAAAACCUUAUUCUGGUCAAUAUUUGGCUUAUCUGAAGUGAUAUCUGUGGUGCUGAAGUACGACCAUAAAUUCAUUGAGAAUAUUGGAUAUGUACUCUAUGGAGUAUACAACGUGACUAUGGUGGUGGUGCUGCUUAAUAUGCUAAUAGCCAUGAUCAACAACUCCUAUCAGGAAAUUGAGGAGGAUGCGGAUGUGGAGUGGAAAUUUGCACGUGCCAAGCUCUGGCUAUCCUACUUUGAUGAAGGAAGGACUUUACCGGCUCCUUUUAAUCUAGUGCCAAGCCCUAAAUCGUUUUAUUAUCUCAUACUGAGAAUAAAAAUGUGCCUCAUAAAACUCUGCAAAUCUAAGGCCAAAAACUGUGAAAAUGAUCUUGAGAUGGGGAUGCUGAAUUCCAAACAACGGAAAGUUCGUUUUCACGCUAGCACUCGAAAUGCAGAAAUUUUUUCUGGGAAGAAUGCUUAUAACAAGCCUACAAGAUAUCAGAAAAUAAUGAAACGUCUGAUUAAGCGGUAUGUACUGAAGGCUCAGGUUGACCGAGAAAAUGACGAGGUCAAUGAAGGAGAACUUAAGGAGAUUAAGCAAGAUAUUUCUAGUCUCCGCUAUGAACUCUUAGAGGAAAAGUCACAAGCUACUGGUGAGCUGGCAAGACUAAUACAGCAGCUGAGCGACAAAUUUGGGAAGGACUUAAAUAAGGACAUUUGAUGGUGAACACAGAGAAAGGCAACUGGUUUUCUAAUCAUUCUUCAGUGUCAACCAGCAUCUUAGGAGGGCAAAAACCAUGUAAAAGGUGGGAACUGCACUCUCAACUUCUGCUAACUAGCAAGUAUUGGUAGGAGCAUUUUGCAUUGCUCCUGUGCAAGGUGAGUUACCAGUUAAAUCUUUUCUGAUACAAAGGUGACUUACUGGUACAAAUAUGUGCACUUUGGUGCUGGAAAUAGACGCACCAUAUGGAAGGCACCUCUAUUUAAAGGCAAAAAAGCCAGAUCUUCAUCCAUCUGACUCUAGUGAAAACAAUGCAACUGUGCUCAUUUAUACCAACAGAGACUGUACUGAUCAGAAUUGGGUGAAGUCUGAAGAAAAAAUGUGCCAAGCAUAUUCCUUGAAAAGUUUAAACAAUUCCUAUCCUUGGGUGUGUACUCUCCUUUUAUGUUUACACUGGCAUCCAUGAAGAUAACUUUGAACAGCACUGUGGUUAAUGAAAAUCAAAUGAGAAAUCAUCUGCUGAAACAACCAAGGUGAAGUACGGCAGGUAGAGGUCAUCUGCAUUUGAGACUGGAUGACAGUGUUGGAAAAAAAAAAAUCAAGGUUGUUGUGUAAAAUGUCCUUUCACCCUUCUGCUACAAUCUGACAAAAGGAUUCAAUCAAAAACUCCUUUUCACCUUUUCCAGCUGUAUUAGCUCAUCCACUAAAGGGUAUGGCCUGUUUGUACACACCUAGCCUCUCUUUUAUUCUUAGAGGAUCCAAGCUUCAACAACAGUCUACUGAAAUAUCAAUAAUAAUGUGAAACUCACUUCCCAGGAAUAUCCAGAAAUGAGAUACAUUGUGCUAAUGUGUUCGGGUCAAGGAACAGCGUUAAUCCAGCGACAGUGAUGCGGCUGAGCUCAGCUUUCAGAUUCCAGAUGUCAAACAGCAAGCCACAGGGUGAGACAAAUCAUGAGGAGCAUAGCCCAGCAGUUUCAAAACUUUAAAUCAAUACAAAAAGUCUUCAAUUCAACUAAGAACAUUCUGUGGGAAAAAAAAAAAAAAGAAAUAAAGGAAAAAUAA